AUGUCAUAUUUCGGGGACACGGUAAGUCUGGAGGCUCGGUCGAGCGCUGAAUGGGAUGUGGGUCCGAGGCAUCAUUCAUGGCUUGGCGUGGCUGCAAGGAGUGCCGGCGCUGGUGCUCCGUGCGGCUGCAGCAAGGCCGAAUUAGGUCUUAUUUUCAGAGGAUGA